CUCCAUCAUAACUCCAAACCCUACUCUCUCUGAACGUUUGUUUCCCGAGAAAAAAACAAAACAAAACAAACCAAACAACACAAACAUUUGCAAGCAUGUCGUUACUCAGCCAGACGCUCCUUCUCCGAGCUUCAGUCUACCUCCCUCCACGAAACCCUAUUUCCCCAAUCUUCGCCUCCAAAACCAACUCCCUUCCCCUCUCUCUCUCCAUUAAACCCGUAAACUCCAACCAAAAACACCCCAAGUUUACCCUUUUAGCUUCCGGCUCUCCUUCCCGAGCAAUACCCUGCAGACCACCCCAAAUCCCGGCUCAGUCCCGACUCAGCGAUUCAACUCGAACCCUCAAAACCCUUUUCUCCAUAGCCCUCUCCGCCACCAUUAUCUUCACCAAGAUGGUCCAAAAUUUUGCUCUCAAAACAACCUCCCAGAACCCUCACCCUUUUUCCACUGUGGGACCGCUCUUCUUCGCUUCCUUAAAGGACCGCCCAAGUGGAUACCUGAACACGCCGUUGACGGUGGUGGCCGCGGGUUUAGCAAAGUGGCUUGAUAUAUACAGUGGGGUUUUGAUGGUUAGGGUUUUGCUCAGUUGGUUCCCUAACAUCCCUUGGGACAGGCAGCCACUUUCGGCUAUUAGGGAUCUUUGUGAUCCUUAUUUGAAUCUGUUUAGGAAUAUAAUUCCGCCCAUUUUCGCAACCUUGGAUGUUAGUCCACUUCUGGCUUUUGCGGUGUUGGGGACUCUCGGGUCGAUUCUGAAUAACAGCAGAGGAAUGCAUUGAUUGCUUGUGCCGCAAGGAGAGUGAGUAAGAAAUGAUAAUUCAAGGUAGUUUUUAGUGUGAACUUUUGUAUUGAAUUUAUUAAAAAAAAUUUUGUUCUUGUUUGUGUUGUGGUAUUAUUUUGUAGUGCAUGAAUUUGGUUCAGAUAUAAAAAUCUUGGCUGCUUUAUCUGAGA